AACACAAAAUCAUAUCCGAUCUGAUCCCACUCGUGAAACGCUGUCUCUGCUGCACAUUCUCGAAAAAUAGUGUAUUCUCUGCUACUCUGUGAUGGUCGCAUCGUGUGCGCAGCCAUCAGCUACUCUUCGUGGUCAGUUCUCCGUGAAGUCAUAUUUCAAGUCGUCAAGGGCAACUACCAGGCGAAUGUCAGUUCAGAUCAUAUCAUCAGCUGGCAAUAAAGUCAGUGAUGUCCCAACGACCCCUAUCGACGGACAAAAAACGGGCACGUCCGGCCUCCGCAAGAAAGCCUCAGUUUUCGCGUCAGAAAACUACCUUGCAAAUUGGGUACAGUCCCUCUUUCUUGCUUUGCCACGCGAAGAAGUUGUUGGUUCGGCCAUGGUGCUUGGAGGGGAUGGGCGUUGGUUUAAUAAAGAGGCUGCGCAGAUCAUUAUAAAACUCGCCGCAGGAAACGGCGUAAAAAAAAUGUUUGUCGGUCAGAAUGGAUUUCUCGCCACUCCUGCGGCAUCUGCUGUAAUCCGUGCGCGCAAAGCGAACGGGGGGUUCAUCAUGUCAGCCUCCCACAAUCCCGGUGGGCCAAAAGAAGACUGGGGAAUCAAAUUCAAUUACUCUUCAGGUGAACCAGCCCCUGAAAAAAUUACGGAUAAGAUUUAUGGCUUUACACAGACUGUGGAUGUCUUAAAAAUGGCUGACAUACCUGAAAUUGACCUUUCUGUGUGUGGUACAACUAAGUUUAAUGACUUCGAGGUCGAGGUCAUAGAUCCUGUCGCAGAUUACCUUGCACUCGUGAGCGAAGUAUUUGAUAUGGAACUUAUCAAAUCUCUGCUCACUCGUUCUGACUUCACGAUGAAGUUUGACGCUAUGCACGCUAUCACAGGUGCAUAUGCGAAACCCAUAUUUGUUGAAGCUCUUGGUGCGGACCCUUCUUCGUGUGUUAACGAUACACCGAAGGAGGACUUUGGUGGUGGCCACCCAGAUCCAAAUCUAACAUAUGCUGAGGAACUUGUUAAGAUUAUGUAUGCGAAUGAUGCUCCUGAUUUUGGGGCAGCUUCUGACGGGGAUGGCGAUCGAAACAUGAUUCUUGGUAACAACUUUUUCGUCACCCCUUCAGAUUCUGUUGCAAUCAUUGCUGCUAACGCUCAGGAUUGCAUUCCAUAUUUCGAAGGCCGUGGUGGACUUAAGGGGCUCGCUCGAUCGAUGCCAACAGCGGCUGCCCUCGACCGAGUUGCCGCAGCCCUCGGUGUCGAAUGUUUCGAGACCCCCACUGGUUGGAAGUUUUUUGGUAACCUCAUGGAUGCUGGCCGUCUCUCCAUUUGUGGCGAAGAGUCCUUUGGCACUGGUUCAGACCAUAUCCGUGAGAAGGAUGGUCCAUGGGCAGUACUGGCGUGGCUUUCUAUCCUAGCGCACCGGAAUAAGGAGAUUCCCGUGGGUGGUUCUAAGGUCACCGUUGAACAGAUAACCAAAGAACAUUGGGCAAAAUAUGGGAGGAACUUUUUCAGUCGGUAUGACUAUGAGGGAUGUGAGGCAGGCCCGUGCAAUGAAAUGGUUGAAUACCUUCGUUCUGUCGCUGCCUCUGCCAAACAAGGUGAUACGUUUGGUUCGUAUGAACUUGACUUCGCAGAUGACUUUGAGUACACCGAUCCAAUUGACGGCUCAGUUUCCUCUAAUCAAGGGGUCCGCUUUGUCUUCACUGACGGUAGCCGCUUCAUCUUCAGGCUUUCGGGCACUGGCUCUUCUGGUGCAACGGUUCGCAUGUACAUCGAACAAUACGAGCCAGAUGUCACAAAACAGAAUAUUGAUGCACAAGAUGCGCUCGCACCAUUAAUAAAUGUAGCACUUGAUACAUCAAAGUUGAAGGAGUUUACUGGCCGGGAUUCCCCCACUGUUAUCACAUAAGUAUAUUUUGUGAACACAGCUAUUGAAAUCUCAUUUUUUUCUUGAACAUACAUUUUAAGCAGCUUCCUUUCUUAUCAUAUGGCGACGUCUUACAACUCCCAUCAUUAAAAUUUAAUCACAUUUGAUGCAGCUAUUUUGUGCAACCAACUUGAGAGUAGCAGCUCAUGAGCGAGUUUGUUCAUGACUGGUCAUGUGAGCCUGAACUUUCUAGUCUAAACUCGUCUAAAGUUCAACUCACCAUUCUUAUGCACGAAUACCAAGCAUCCAGGAAAUU